AUGGACAAGCACCAAAGGAUUGUUUGUGAGGUAGAGGAAAAAGAAAAAGCCAAAUGCGAAGCUCAGGUCACAUUGGAAAGUCAUAAACUCUUAUUUCCUUUGUGGACUUUAGAGCGGAUUUUAAAUGAGGCAGUAGAUAAUCCUAGCAUUCACUGGAUGAAUCUGGUUGCCUCUUUUGAUCUUGAAAACAUGCUGGAUUUGCAAUUUGACAUGCCUCUCACACCAAAAGCAUUUCUGUUUUGUAGCUUUGCGGUAGUUGCGAAUGCUUCAAAUUCCGAUACGGUGGUUGAUAAUCAAUUCAUGGAAUUUUAUUUGAAGCAUGGCAAGCCUCAAUUCUAG